AUGAUGUUCCUGGUCGUCGCGGCGCUCGCUGAUAUCAGUAAUGCGCGCGCCGUGCUGCGGUUUCGCCUUACUACGUUUUUCAACCCUGCAGUUCUCGCUACAUCAGUCCAAGUGUCACUACUUGCGAUCGCGCCAAUUCUGUCCGUCAGUUUCUGGUUGAGCCAACAUCGCCUAAAAGGAAAGCUCGAUAUACUACUAUGGGCAAAAUUACUUAUUUCUUCAUUGCUAUCCGGCUGCUGCAUCUACGACUACACCAAAAACCAUCUGCUCCGGCGCUGGCCCUACUAUGACGCCGAUCCUCAAGCAAUCGCCUGCCUAGAGUCCGGGUGUUUAAUUUGGCUUUUAUACCUCUCCCAUGUCUACACUAUUCAGCCAUCGUUUGUGCUAAGUGUUUAUCUUGCAUUUUCUAUUGCCAUCCACGGCGCACAGUGGUGGAUGGAACCACUACCAGCACCAGACUUGCCAACCGUUGUUGCGAUUGGCCAUUUUUGCCUUCUAAUUCUUCACGAAAUCCCAAAAUGGCACUUGGUGCCUCGGCAUCGAAAGAAUAUUGUUGGGCUGCAGUCAACAUUUGGUAUAGUCGGCCGUAGCACUGCGAUAUGGCUCUACCCAACACUAUUCAAGGGGUUUUGGGGCGCUCUUCAAGUCUCCGACUUGAACGGGCUGCCUCCUGAUCUACUUACGCGUAGGGUGUUGCCUCAGUUUGAAGAACUUUGGCUACGAUACCGAUGCUUGCCUCGUGGCGGCCUAGCCAAGGCUUGCGCAGUCCUCAAUUGGAAAGAGAUUAUUCUUUCUACUAUCGCAAAGUCAAUUGUAACGGCCGGAAAGCUUUAUAUCCCUUGCCUCGCACAACAAGUGAUUAUGCUUCAGAGCUCAAGCUUCAAAGACUCCACAUCAGAUGCGAGCUACUGGAGUAAAAACACACUAAUCUCUAUUACAUUUGCUCUUUUCUCCGCCCUCGCGGUAUUUAACGGAUGCGCCUUAUAUUAUCAGACUCGUGUCACUACUAUUCUGCAGGGAGCACUUUUCGGUAGUGUUUUCGCAAAACUUCUUGAUUUAUAUGACGAAGAUAUCAACGAAUCUGUGUCCUUUUCGAUCGUUACUGGUGACAUUCCGGAGGCAAUGCAGCUCAUCCGCUUCUUUCAAGACGCCGUAUUUUAUGGCAUCGAGGCGGUCGUUCCACUGAUAAUGCUGUGGCCAUAUAUGGGAUUGGUAACGCUCAUCCCGUGUAUAGUACUAGUUGGGGCCUCGAAGUUGGCAAAUAUUCCUACUGUAAAGCUUCCCAGCCUGCAAAAGGAUCUCGAAGAGAAGCGACAAACCCGCGAAGACCAAGUCAACAAUUCUUUAUACAAAAUUAAAGAGAUUAAGAUGACGGAGCGAGGUGCGGUGCUCCAUAAGAUCCUAAAUGAAAUGCGAGACGCAGAAUUGGAAGUAUAUACAGAAUUCCAAACCCAACAAUCGUAUCGGUUCACUAUUACUGGUUCAUGUACUAUCUUUGCUCAAGUAAUGUCUCUGUAUGCGCAGUCUACAUCACCAUCUGGCGAUGCUGAGUCAAAACUUGCCAACGUUUUGAAAUGCUUCGCUCUACUUGUCAUCACGUCACUCUCAUAUGACUUCGCCGUAGCUAGCUACUGGCACUGCAAUAGAGCUUUGGACUGCCUGUCUAGUAUUACCAAAUUUCUCAACACCCAGGCGGAAAACUCUACAGCCCGAGCGACCAAAAGCAAGGUAGUAACGAAAGCUUCCAUGAUUCAAUUCCGACAGGCCUUUGUAGCACCAAAGAGCAACGCUCCAGCAAUCCUCAAAAAUAUCGAUUUGACGAUUGAUUUCGACACUAUUACAAUCAUUACCGGAAAAGCCGCAACGGGUAAAACAACAUUCGCUAAGAGCCUAAUUCGUCCUCCUCAUGUCGUGAGCGGUAACAUACAUAUUGCGACCAAAUCGAUUGGAUUUUGUGGACAAAAAAGCUGGCUGCAGCACCGAUCCAUUAAAAGUAAUAUUAUUGGACCAGGAAGAUUCGAUGAAGACUGGUAUAGAAAGGUUUUACGCGCCUGUGAUUUAAGCCAAGAUAUUGAGCGAUAUCCUGGUAAUGACAGCUAUAUUAUUGGAUAUGGUGGCUUGCAGUUAACUGAAGCGCAGUGCCAGAAGAUUGCACUCGCGAGGGCUAUCUACUCACAGCCUGCACUGCUGGUUCUAGAUGACGCGUUUGCAGCAAUCGAUCGAUUUUCUGUGGAAUACAUAUUGAACCGACUCUUUGGCCACAGAGGUCUGCUCGUUAAAAGGACGACCGUUGUUAUCACAGCAACGGACCCAGCGCCAUUUUGUAAUAUCGCAAAUCGUUUCUUUACUCUUGAUAACAACGGUUCUCUAUCUUGGGCAAAUCGAGACCACAUCAUCUUAGAGGCAAAGCGCCUCCGCGAGCUCUCAAUGGGGUAUCCCGAGAUUGUUGACCAAGAUGCGGUGAAAGUUCAUCACAAAGCCCUUCCCAAGGAAGCCAAUGUGCAAUUGUCUCAGCUAUUGGAUACAGACCAAACACUAGACAAAGCUCCCUUAACAUUCUACUUUGGUUACGUGGAUCGAUUCGUCGUGUUCAGAUUCGGUAUUAUUGUUGCUCUACUAGCAGUGGCAGAAUUCUCGUUCCAACUCAUUGCCUCAUUGGGAUACUACUCUACAGACCCAACCCGCCUGAUUAUAGUAGUCACUGCAGCUUGUGCACUAUUAUAUGGACCAAUUUUAGCACUUGCGGGAUAUCACUUUUAUGUUUUAAUCGCUGCGAAGGUUGCAAAAGAGCUAUAUAGCGACCUGCUGAACGCUGUCUCCCGUUCACACCUAAUCUUUCUAACCCCAGCCAAAUUGAACAAGACAGUCCGAUUGUUUAAUGAAGGCAUGCGUGUCCUAACGACCGAUUUAUCUCACGGGAUAUUUCAAAGCUGUUAUCGUCUUGCAUUAAUCGCUGUCGUAUGUAUACUUUUAGUGUGGGCUAAUUAUUCUGUCAUUUAUGCUCUGCCGGUUAUAGGCAUUGUCGCAUAUCUUGUAAAACAGAUUUAUUACCCGACUUCAACCCAGUUGCAUCACAUGCAGCUCGCUUCAAAAGCAUCUCUCCAGGCUCACUUUGCCGAAGCUGCAGCGGGAACUGGAUAUGUCCAUGCUUUCCAGUGGAAAGCUGGGUAUCUAACUAGUAUCCUCGGUGCCAUCAACCGGCAGCAAAGGGUAUUCUACUACAAGAACUCUCUGGAUCAGAGCCUGGAUGUUGUGGUUGACGGCUUGGUGGCCAUAAUUGUGGCCCUGUUUCUGAAUGCUGUUCUCGGAACUGACACAUCUCCUGCUAUUGUUGGAAGCGCCUUCGUUGGUUGCCUCUAUAUACAACCAGAGCUAAAGGCAUGUUUUGCCGCCUGGUUUCGUAUGGAUGAUGGGAGAACAACAUUAGAAGAGAUGAGACAAAUCAUCCAAAUGAUCCCUGAUGAAGUAGUAACGCAAGAGGUUGUGGUUCCUGAGAACUGGCCAACGGCCGGUUUAAUUGAACUCAAAGAUGUUACCAUAUGGUACAACCGGAACGAACCUCCCGUUCUUGAAAAUAUUACCCUCAUAAUGCACGAUGCAAGUGAAGUUGGGCUACUUGGGCGCCCUCAAACUGGUAAAACAGCGUUGCUCUUGACAGUCAUGAACGAAUUACCAUAUACAGGUUCAAUCACUAUUGACGGCGUGGAAGUACGGACCAUCCCACGAGACAAGCUCGCCCAACAAAUAACAGUUGUACCUCAGGAGGUUAUCAUUUUUCCAGGCAGUGUACGACAAAAUCUUAUUCCGGACGAAUUUUUCCACCCGGCAGAGGUUAGUUUACAACCUGUUGAAGAUGGCGAAGAAGGACAAGUUGAGGAGGUAAAAGCGUAUACCUUCAUGAUGGAACGGAUCCUUUACCGGCUAGGGCUGCUCGACAUAAUCAAAGGUGCCGGUGGCCUGGAUGUGGAUAUCGCCAAGGUGUCUAUGUCGACGGAACAACAGCAUCGAUUUUCGCUUGCCCAAUCGCUCACGGCAUUCUUCUUACGCCAAACCAAAAUUACACUCAUCGAUGAUAUUACGAGUAAAGUCAGCCAUGGCGACUGUGUCAUAAUGCGACAAGCUAUACGAGAACUAAUGGGGGAUGUAACAACAGUGGCGGUUGCCCAUCACCCAUCAGCAAUCAUUGGCUCAGACGCCAUUGGUGAAAUCAAAGACAAAUCAGCUUCAAUAAGGAGACGCGUUAUCGUACAAAGAGAUCCAGAUGACGAAGAAGAUCCGGGUAACCGAGCAUUACUACCAACGGCAUAUCCCGUCCCCGAGAUUGACCCUACCCUUCCGCAGAACCAGCUACAAAACCAACCGCACCAAACUGGUCCUUCGAGUUCACAGAGCCAGUCAAAGCCAAAAGCAACUGGUCCAGCUCAGGCUGCUCAUUUCACAUCGAGCCAACCACCAAAUCCACCAGCUGUUGCUGGUCCGUCCAAACCCAAGACCCAACCACAGAAGCAGGCACCUGCAAAACCGGUCGUGCCUGCGCCAGAGCUAGUGCCAGUCGUAGAGCGACCGGUUGAAAUCGAUCCUACGCUAUCGGCACGUCAGAGACAAAAGUUGCCAGCUGUUUCGCUGCGAAAGAAGGUGCUGCAGAAGCAAACGCGGUCCGCCAUAAUCAGUUCUCUUGUCAAGAAAUCCCCGGGGGCUCCUACUGCGGAACCGCCAAAGGAUCAGCCGUCAAAGGCUGAUGGUACGUUAUCGGCGAAACAUCCAAGUUCGGAUUCAUCUCAGUAG